CACAAGAUUUUUCGAUUUUUAGUCGAAAGGAAUAUAACAUGUCAGGUCCACUUGAUCGAUUUGCAAGACCAUCUUUCACUACAGGUUUUGAAGGAUUCUUGAGCAGUGAUGAGAAAAAGGAAAGAAAAUCAGAUUUUGAGAAUUCUGAGGAUGAGAGGAGAACAAGAAUUGGUUCUUUAAAAAAGAAAGCCAUUAAUGCGUCUACUAAGUUCAAGCAUUCUCUUAAGAAAAAGAGCGGAAGAAGAAAAAGUGACGGUCGAGUGAGUUCUGUCUCCAUUGAGGAUGUGCGGGAUGUUGAGGAGCUACAGGCUGUUGACGCGUUUCGACAAUCGUUGUUAAUGGACGAGUUGCUUCCCGAUAGACACGAUGACUAUCACAUGAUGUUGAGGUUCUUGAAAGCGAGGAAGUUUGAUAUUGAGAAAGCUAAGCAAAUGUGGGCUGAUAUGAUUCAAUGGAGGAAGGAGUUUGGUACUGACACUAUUAUUCAGGAUUUUGAUUUCGAAGAGAUUAACGAAGUUUUGAAACAUUACCCGCAAUGUUAUCACGGUGUUGACAAAGAAGGCAGACCUAUUUACAUUGAAAGGCUAGGGAAAGUUGAUCCUAACAGACUCAUGCAAGUUACAAGCAUGGAUCGAUACGUAAGAUAUCAUGUAAAGGAGUUCGAAAGGAGCUUUAUGAUAAAGUUUCCUUCCUGCACAAUCGCUGCAAAGAGGCAUAUCGAUUCGAGUACAACUAUUCUUGAUGUUCAGGGAGUGGGAUUGAAAAACUUUACCAAGUCUGCUCGCGAUCUUAUCACGCGAUUACAAAAGAUUGAUGGAGACAAUUAUCCUGAGACUCUCCACCAAAUGUUUAUUAUCAAUGCAGGGCCUGGAUUUAGGCUACUCUGGAACACUGUGAAGAGCUUUCUAGACCCAAAAACAUCUGCUAAGAUUCAUGUCCUUGGAUACAAGUAUCUGAGCAAAUUGCUUGAAGUCAUUGAUGCCAACGAGUUGCCUGAGUUCUUGGGAGGUGCAUGUACUUGCGCAGAUCAAGGCGGUUGCAUGCUUUCUGACAAGGGACCUUGGAAAAACCCGGAAAUUGUGAAGAUGGUGCUUCAUGGAGGAGCACAUCGAGCGAGGCAGGUGGUGAAAGUGUUGAACAGUGAAGGGAAAGUCAUUGCUUAUGCAAAACCUUCAUAUCCAUGGAUAAAGGGAAGUGACACUUCCACUGCAGAGUCAGGAUCUGACGCCGAAGAUAUCGGGUCUCCAAAGGCUAUAAAGAGUUUCUCUCAUCUCCGCUUGACACCUGUUCGUGAGGAGGCAAAGAUAGCUGGUGAAACAAGCUUGGCUGGUAGUUUUCCGGGUUAUGAUGAGUAUGUACCAAUGGUUGACAAAGCCGUCGACGCAACCUGGAAGGUGAAACCUGCCAUCCAGAGAGUGGCUUCAAGAGGAGCUUUAAUGUCUCCCACCGUUCCAAAGGAUCCUGAAGGCAUUAAGGAUCGAGUCCUAGUAAUGGUCAUGGCGUUCUUGAUGGCGGUUUUCACAUUCUUUCGCACAGUAUCUUAUCAUGUGACCAAGAAACUUCCAGCGACUACUACUUCCCCACUAGAAACCCAAGGAAACGCAACAGAACUUGGUUCUAAUGGUGAAGGAGUUAAAGAGGAGUGUCGUCCUCCUUCUCCAGUACCAGACCUCACGGAAACCGAUCUCCUAAAUUGUGUGACGAAGAAACUGACAGAGCUCGAAGGUAAAAUCGGAACUCUCCAAUCAAAGCCGAAUGAGAUGCCAUACGAGAAAGAAGAACUGUUAAACGCAGCCGUUUGCAGAGUAGACGCACUUGAAGCAGAGCUCAUAGCUACUAAAAAAGCGCUUUACGAAGCUUUGAUGAGACAAGAAGAUAAGAGGAACAACCUAAAUGGAGCUGUUUCAGUGAAUUGCUUGAAAGAGAUUGAUCAGAUCAGUAAUAUUAGCUUCACUGCGAAGAAACCGAGAAGUCACGCGCCGGUGGUGAGAAAAACACGCGCCUCCUUGGAUGAGAAUCAGUCCCCAACUUCCGGAGGAGAACGGUGGCUUCUCCAACCAGUUGGUGAUGGAGACACAAGACACAUUGGUUACAAAGUGGCAAUGCCUGCUCCUUUCGAGAUCACCUCGGGACAAGUUACCAUCGGACGGCUACCGGAAAAGGCUGACGUCGUGAUUCCUGUGGCCACCGUGUCGGGAGUCCAUGCGACAAUCAAUACAAAUGAAAACAACCUUCUUGUGACGGAUAUGAACAGCACCAACGGUACAUUCAUCGAAGACAAACGUCUAAUUCCUGGUGUUGCUGCUCCUGCCUUUCCCGGAACCCGAAUCACCUUUGGAGAUACAAAUCUAGCAAUUUUCCGUGUUUUCAAGCUCCAAGAUAGGGAAGAAUCCACAGAGAAACCAACCACAGAGUAACACAAAACCUGAAAAUGGCUUCUCUUUACCGGUUUUUGCUGAAAUUCUAAAUUGGUCU